AUGUCGGAUAUUGCGAUGAAUCAUCCGGAUUGUAUAUCAACUAUAUCGAAAUCAGAAUCGCUCGAUUCUUUAAAUCCACGAUCCACGACAGAUACAACUAUGCUUACGUCAACAAAAAUUCAAUCAACAAAUAUAAAAAGUUCUCAUGAUAGAAAUCGACGAAAAGCUAUUUUACCAACAUCACAUAAGCCGAAAAAAGAACAGGAUUUAUUAAUCAUGAAUACUAAAAAGGAGUCACAUAAUAUAGAACAAUGUAUUGAAUUAAAAGAAAAUCGUAGUAAAUCAUGCGACAAUGAUAUUUUGUAUGUUGACCAUGACAGAGACGAAUCAUUCGUUCAAGAUUCAAAGGUUCUUUUUCAUAUUAAGUCGAAGAAACCUAUUGAAAAAUCAGUUAUUAAUGAAAAUUUCUAUCGACAAGAUAAUCCGAAGAAGGUUGAUGAACUUGAUCAUAAGUCAAAUCAACAAGAGAAGUAUGAUCAAAUCAAUCAGUUAAAUUGUUUGAAAAAGAAUUAUAAUAUAGAUGGUAAUUCGGAAUAUGAUUUACAGAGUGAAGAUGAUAAGAGCGAUGAAAGUUUUGAUGAGUUUAUUUUAGAAAAUUUCAUUCCUUUCACAGGAAAACAAAACGUUUUACAAUGGCUUGACGAAACAGAAACUAAAUUUAAUCGUUUUCAUAUUGUAAGAACUGUUCGCUAUGUUGCUAUUCCUCUGUUAGUCGAAGGCGACGCUCGAUACAAAUACAUGAGACAUCGAAAGAAAAUUCGUAGUUUUGAUGACUUCUAUGAAUUCUUAUUGGUACAAUAUGAUGCAGAGGAUCGCUCAUUGAAUGCACCUAAAUCUCUACCAGUUGUAGAUAGUAAAUCAUGCGAAACAUGUACAUUUUGCCAAUCUAAAUCAGCAAAUAGCAUACAUCAAUCUAUAGGGUGUCCAGUAAUUCACUAG